AUGGUUCUGCUUCGUUUGUGGCAAGCGUCUUCCAGAGACCAGCUUUUGAGACACCAAGUAUCUUGGGUGAAAGAACGUCCACUCUGUUCGAGAAAGCGCCACUGUACUGUGAGGCGUAAACGACUGCUGCCUGAGAAGGAAAAUGACUCGAAUGGUCUCCGCGGGCCGCUCCUGCAUUCUGCAAGCGCUGCUGAUCUCCCGUUCAGAACCCUACGUGUAGGCAGGCAGUGCAGUGUCGCCUAUGAUAGCAUACAACAGCAGAGUCCCAAGUUGAAGCCCGCCAGACAAGAAGAGUGGCAACACGCCGUUGCAACCACAAGAGACCUUUAG